AUGUGCGUGAACCCUACGCACACUCGGGCCGCGCUGUACAUACGCACACAAACAUACGGGCGCAAGAUUAAGGGCACAAUAGCGAGGGUCGAAGCAUAUUUUGAUUUAUUUCGUACUCACAUACUAUACGUGUUUUUGGAGGUUUUAGCGGUUGCCGCGUCUUUCGGUGGUCGAGAGCGGAAAUGCGACUCUCAGCGGAUUGUGCAUAGACGGAACUGCACCGACGGCGCACACAGUACUACUAGACCGCGUGCGUACUUAGCCAUUACCUUGUAUUUACUGAAACCGAAUGCAGCGGACCGCGCGCGCUUGAUACUUGCUGCACUUCGAGUGACGUCGGCGCGGCUGGGGCAGACUCGUACGCAAAUUGAUGUCGACUAUGUUAUAUUCUCUAAAUAUGUAACAGAUUGA